GUGUGUGUGUGUGUGUGUGUGUGUGUGUGUGUGUUUAAAAAACUCCUCCUUUUCUCCUCUAUAAUUUGGUGAUGACAUUCCAGCCUGUUCGCUGAAGUUCGCACACACUGGAGCACUUUGGGAAUCUGCUGGAAAACUCAGUUUCUCAUUAUGCCAAACUGGGGUGGAGGAAACAAAUGUGGCGCCUGCCGUGGGACGGUGUACCACGCUGAAGAGGUCCAGUGUGACGGGAGGAGUUUUCACAAGUGCUGCUUCCUCUGCAUGGUCUGUAGAAAAGGGCUAGACAGCACCACACUGGCCAUCCAUGACCAGGAAAUCUACUGCAAGUCCUGCUACGGUAAAAAGUACGGCCCGAAAGGGUACGGCUACGGUCAGGGAGCAGGAACGCUCAACAUGGACCGCGGCGAGAGACUGGGCAUCAAACCAGAAGAAACCCAAACUCACCGACCCAGCACCAACCCAAACCUGUCCAAGUUGGCGCAGAAGUUCGGCGGCUCGGAGAAGUGUGCGCGCUGUGGAGAGUCUGUGUACGCCGCAGAGAAGGUGAUGAGCGCUGGGAAGCCGUGGCAUAAGAACUGCUUUCGCUGUGCCAAAUGUGGAAAGAGUUUGGAGUCGACCACUCAGACGGAGAAAGAUGGAGAAAUCUACUGCAAAGCAUGUUAUGCAAAGAACUUCGGACCCAAAGGAUUUGGAUACGGUCAGGGAGCAGGAGCUCUGGUUCACGCUUGAUGAUAGUCAGGACAUUGUACAUUUCUUUACUAUUAUAACACACUCAUUUCAAAAGAAGAAAAGGACCAUUGAGUGUUAUGUUUUCAUGACAGUUAAGCACAUUUAGUCUUCAAUUCUCAAGUACUGGAAAAACGUCAAUUAUAUACAUAUAUAAACAAUGGCUCUAAGAAAUAAGGUUAAUUGUCUUUAUGCAAAAUAUUUUUUUUCACCAUUUACACCAACUGCAGGGUGUUAAUUGUUCAUAGAGGACCAGUUAUAUUUUCAUUGCAAUUAGGAACAUUUCCUCCCAAAU